GCCUGCAGACCUGGCAACCAUGACUCCAAUCUGGCAACCCUGUGCUGUUUGUCGUCUGUAAAGCGGCGCUUUAGCUCAGCAGAGACACACUACAGAGACACGGAGUGUGAUGUUAACGGACAGAGGAAGUUUCCUCACAGGAGGAUUUGUGUGAGGAGAAGCGGCGCGCGCAUCACUCGAGCGUGUUUACUCUCUCCGACAUUUUCCAGAAAAUUCGAAGAACAUAUUUUUCUUCUUAGUUUUUUUUUUCUUAUGACUGAGGGAUCUUGUUGUUUUGUCGGAGAAUAUUGCUGAAGGAGCUGUGUGGAAAAUCAUGAACAGCGUCACGGAGCUUGAAGACGGACCGCAGCACAAGGCUCAGAGGACGAGCUGUAGUUACCUCCUGUGCACCAUUCUCCUCUUUGUUGCUGUGCUACUAGCCGUUACAGUAACAGGCACCAUCCUCUUAAUGAACCACUCCCAGACACCCUCAGGCCCCGAUGCUCCACCCCUCAUCACUACCAAUCAAGACGAAGGUAACGCCCUGGUGACGGUAGAGAGGGGUGAUGGCUCCCGCAUUAACAUCUUCAUCGACCCCAACUGCCCCGACUACAACAGCAACUUCUUGCGACUGGAGGGGUUACAGACGUCACUGCUGCACUCGCUCAGUCACCAUGACACAGACCUGAAGUCAGUGAAGGGACAGGAGCAUGCACUGCUUGUCCAGUUGGCUGAGGAAAUUGCGAAGCUGUCAGCCCACGGCAGCCAGCUGAAGGCGGAGUACAGCACGUUGAGGCAGGGCCAGAGCAGCAUCAGCCAGGAGAUCAGCAUGCUGCAGACUGAGCAGGCCAGGCUCAUCCAGCUGUUAUCCGAAAGCCAAAGUAACAUGAUGAAGGUCGUGAACACGUUGAGUGACGUGUUCGACUCCAUGCAGAAGGAACCUGGCAGCAUGAAGGUGUUCCUGAAGGCAGACUUGCAGAGGGCUCCAGUGCGCAGUGGCAUCCGGUCCAGGGGCUGCUCCAGCGGAGAGGGCCGACCAAGAGACUGCAGUGAUAUCUAUGCUAGUGGACAGCAUGAAGACGGGAUCUACUCUAUCUUUCCCAUACAUUUCCCCGCAGGCUUCCAGGUUUACUGUGACAUGAGCACAGAGGGAGGUGGCUGGACGGUGUUCCAGCGCAGAGAAGAUGGCUCUGUGAACUUCUACAGGGAAUGGGCCGCGUAUCAAGAGGGAUUUGGUAAGAUUACAGGAGAACACUGGCUUGGUCUGAAGCGGAUUCAUGCUCUGACCAUUCAGGCUAAUUAUGAGUUGAGGAUUGACCUGGAGGACUUUGAGAACAGCACUUCCUUCGCGCAGUAUGGAUCCUUUGGCGUGGGAUUGUUCUCCGUCGACGCGGAUGAAGACGGCUACCCAUUGAGCGUAGCGGACUACUCAGGAACCGCCGGUGACUCAUUGCUCAAACAUAACGGCAUGAAGUUCACUACAAAGGACAAGGACAACGAUCACUCGGAGAACAACUGCGCGUCCUUCUACCACGGAGCCUGGUGGUACCGGAACUGCCACAUGUCCAACCUGAAUGGACAGUACCUGCGCGGCCAGCACUUGUCCUACGCCGACGGCAUCGAGUGGUACUCAUGGACUGGUUUGCAGUACUCCCUUAAAUUCACGGAGAUGAAAAUCAGGCCUACAUGCGAGCAAAACGAAUGAGUGAAGCACAAGAGGAUCUUCAGCAUGUAGGUGUUAGAGACACUAGCUACAGAAAUGUGCGAGGACUCCGUGACCAUGUAUUCUCCUCCUGUUUUGCGUAGUUCUGUUUCCAAACCCUUUUUCCAUCGUCCACCAAUUCCAGUCGUAGUGUAGUGUUAGUGAUGAAGCGCACUCUAGCUGGUUACUUCUCUGUAUAUUAUGAAAACAUGCAGUCAGUUUUGUCUUAAGGUUAUUGUUGACGAAAUGUAUAACAAAAAAGAAAGCAACAACAAAAAAAAAGACUUCCUGUGUAAUUUAGUAAGGAUUUGUCUCGACUUUUGUUUUAAAAAGCAAAUGAUUAUCCCUGUUCUCAGAAAGAUUAUAUUAUGUACAGAAGAUGUUUUUUUUUUUGUUUGUUUUUAAAAAAAAAAAAAAAUUUAUUCCAUCAUCAAGCUUUGGUAACUCCUGAAAGCGGAGUAUUUCAGCUACUUGAGCCUGCAGGAAAGCAGAGAGGAGAAAAAAAAAAAAAAAAAGCUCAACAAGUAAAAUUCACAAUUACCGAGAGGCUAUUAUAAAUGGAGCAGAGAUACCGAAUCCCUGUUCAUAGAGAGCUUGUCAUAUCAUGUUGUUCAGUAAUUAAUCACAGUGUGCCAGAGGGACAAGGAGUGGGAGGAAUUAUUACAUUAAUGGAAACCUUAUUAUAAUAACAUGCUCACUUCUGAUUGGGAGUGCUCUCCAUAUACAUGGAGUACUAUGGAGUAGAUUACGGCGAUUAGUCCUUGCUGAUGGUCAUGUGCAGUUGAGUAAGGGAAUUUCUUAGCUACGUCUCAUCUGUUAUAAAUGACCUUCCAUUUGCCAGGUCACUGAGAAGCAAUUAGAUUUGCUCUGGGAUUGUAAAUCUAUCUCAACACUUCUACUGUAUAUACACUAUAUGCCCAAAAGUUUGUGGACACCUGACCAUCACACCCAUAUGUGGUUCUUCCCCACAAAGUUGGAGUCACACAGUUGUAUAUCACACAUUCCAACAUGACAAUGCCCCUGUGCACAAAGCGAGCUCCAUGAAGACAUGAUUUGACAAAGUUGGAGUGGAAGAACUUGAGUGUCCUGUACAGAGCCCUGACCUCAACCCCACUGAACACCUUUGGGAUGAACUGGAACACGACUGCGCCCCAGGUCUCCUCGUGCAGCAUCAGUGCCCAACUUCUCUAAUGCUUUUGUGACUGAAUGGACAAAUCCCCAACAGCCACGCUUUGCAAUCUAAAUCCAGAGGUGAUUAUAACAACAAAGGAGGACUAUACAGUAUGUGGAAUGGGAUGUUCAACUGGAAAAUAUGGGUGUGAUGGCCAUAUAUUAUAUUCAGUAUUUCAAAACAAAGUUGUUAUGCUGUUCAAACACAAGUUGGGGUGGCAUUAUCUGUAUCUGUUUUAGUGCUCCAAAUAUCUGUACCUGUAUUUGGAUUUAAAACAGAAGUGGGAGCUGCCUAAACUUUUAUUUAUUUAUUUUAUUUAUGAAUUCAGUAUUAACCACUAUGUUGCCAGAAACAGUGGAAAAACCACAGGAUGAAACAGAAGUAGAAAUACCAGAGUAGAAAUAGCUGUGACAGUUCUUCAACAUCAGCUACAUCACUCCAGAUCAUAAUUGGUCUCAAUUAGAGACAGUUUUGCUUUCUUCUAAUAUUUAAAAAAAAACAAAAAACAAAAAAAAAAAAAACACAAUACUCACUGGAAAUAAUGUUUUAACGCUCUACUUACAUUUAAUGAAACUUUAAUUUAAAAUAAAUUUUGAACCUCAAAUCAGCAGCUCCCCGGGUAUAGUAUUUAUUAAAAGAUGAUAUGACAUCUGUAAUAUCUCAGAUCAAUGUACUGUCUUAUUGCCCGGUCCACUUACAGGCAAAGAAGAAAUUAUUUCAAAUGGGAAUAUACUAUACUAAAAAAAAAUAGUUUGGCCCAUCCAAAGCAAUGCAGUAUUUUCAGUCUAAAAGGAAAGUUCCACUUUGAAACAUCUUAUAUAUGUUUCGAUUGAAAUAUUUGUGGAGUAUUUAUUGAUGGUGGGGCUGAUUUGUUGGUUAGUCCUGUAUUUUCAUUAUGAGAAGUUGGCAGUUGUCUGUUGCUCUGAUGUGACACAGAGACAUUGCUAGCGCAGUUACAGUGCUGCUUAAUAAAGAUGGAAAAAAUUCAAUUUCAGUCUCAAACAUAAAGUAUAUCAGCCAGCUUUCGCAAAAGCAAGAGCUUCUUUUCUCACUCACCAUUUCCAUCAUCGAUAAACGUCAUAUUAAUGACAAUUCCAAUGUAGAAGUAGUGGAGACAGCACACAAUGGAGUCAAAGCUCCAGAAUGCAACGACGCAGUUGCUCGGCUCUGCUAGUGAGUGAUCUACGAAACGGCAUUGAUGGAGGGAUUAGCAUGAAAGUUGAUGCUUUGGAAGCUGAUCUGUUUGAGCUCUGUUGCAUCACUCUCUUUAGGUAGAAAUGAAGCAAGAGGAAAAAAUACACUGACGCCACUAUGAGCAGGUUUCAAACAACAUUGUGGAUAAUGCAGGAAACCAUUCACCGAAAGUGAAAAUAGACCGAAAUGUCAAUGAAAGAAUUUGAAACAAACAACAAAGAAAAUAAAACAAAUAAUAAAUUCAAAUCAGAAUUUCUUUAUAAAUUAAAUAUUGGACUCCGUUGAAGAGCAUGUUGAAAAUGAAUAUACAAGGUGAUUCAAGGUGGAUUUUUCCGUUAAUAGUUAGUCACAAUGUUCAAUCAAUAUGAUUCUUUUAUUUUCCAUAUCACUAAUACUGUACAAAUAUUUAUUAUUAUUAUUAUUAUUAUUAUUAUUAUUAUUAUUAUUAUUAUUAUUAUUAUUACUACUACUACAGAUGCUGGAGUUUCAUGCUGGUACAGAUUGCACAUUUUAUAAAUUAAGCUAAUUUAGUUACCGGGACAGUUUCUUUGUGGGUUUCUAAAAGACCCAUUUACACAGGCCACCCCAUGUUAAUUCUAAACAGGGCGUUUGACUGCUAAAGAUGAGAUGAUUUUGAAGAACUAAAACAGAACAGUAAUUAACUAUACGAGGGAUACAGGUUAAGUACAGUAGGAAUGCAGAAAAUCAGUCUGGUCAUUUGAUGUAGUCACGUCUUCUAUCCUAUCUUACCUUUUCUAGUCUGGUCUGUAGUAAGCCUACGUUCUCUUCAUUUCUCAUCUGAAUCUAUUAAAUUAAAUGUGUUUCAAUGUUCUGAAUGACAUGGAAUAAAACUUCGGAAAUUUCUAUUUCUAUUUAACAUCUCUGGUGUUUUUCCAUAGAAGGGUGUUGUAAUUAUUCCUCGUGGCCUGAGCUAGCAGCCAAAGGUCAGCUCAUUAGGAAGUGAGCGUCUACAUCGGCCAGAUAUAGAUCGUUAAGCAAAGACGCUUUCGUAGACA